GUGUGACGUCCUUUACAUAGGCCUACUCAGUUACAUUAUGUAAGUUAUUUACAGGUAUCUAGAGUAUACUCUCAAAGCUAGAGUCCUUGAUUGAAACAAUAACAAAGUGGGCACUCACCUCUGUUUCGGUAUAAAAAAAAACUGAGAAAGGAAGUUAUGCGUUUUUGGCUCAUGGCCGACGUGAGUUGCCUAGCUGCCCAUCCACAUCGCUCCGACCAAACGCCACGCCCACUCACGUUUCUUCCCAUGAAGCAAUCGAUAUAGCAGGAUGAGUCGUCAGGCAAGAAAUGGGACGUGCUAUUUGGAACAUCGUGGUCCAGCCAGGCACAAACCUGAUGACUGUAAUGUCAUGUCUCUCACUCGGUCCCCUAGUUUUAUGUGCACUGUAAGCUCAGCCACACACACAUUAACUGGGCCAUGCUGCUGGAAAUGUCCAGUGAUACGGGAAUCCCAUAUUUCAUAUUAUUUCAUAAUGAACGAAUUUGUAUGCCUGUGAAUGAAAUCUAAAGUGACGUUAGGAAGGCAUGUCUGGUUUUUGUGGUGCGUUGUUCUAGCUGCACUUGUAGAAGCUUGGUUUAUUGGUUCAGAAAUGCGCAGUGUCACAGUCUGACGUGGUACUACGGCGCCUAUACGUGUGUUUAUCUCUUACACCUGACGGUGUGUUCCUUUCUCAGUGCCUCUGAUCACGACGACUUCGACUAAAGACCAGCGACUCUCCCGCUUUAUGGAAACCGAGGCUGUGCGCUCUGUCGUGGUCAUGCUGCCUCCCAAGAACUGCCUCACGAGGAACUACAGCUGCAUAGCUGGGUUGUUCGGGAGCUUGGCAGCAGACCCGAGACUAGAAGACGUGGAGGGGAUGGAGCUGAACGGAACCAGCGAGCCCAUCGAGAUGCACCAUGUGGUGGAUGAGAGACCAAGAGGCCGGGAAUCCUUCCUCAAACCCCCGCAGAGUCCGAACCUGCGCCGGAGGUGCAAGUCUCUGCCGACCCCCAUAGAGAGAGCAAAGCUUGAGAUCUCCCGCAGCCGGAGUCCCUGCAGCCAGAAAAAGGUCCGUUUCGCCGACUCUCUGGGUCUGGAGCUCACCUCUGUGAAGCACUUCAAUGACACAGACAUGCCCGAUGUGCCGGAGCGCAUAAUGGCCACAUUCGACAGGGGUCCCCUCCACCUGAACCCCUUUGACAAGUUCCCCAGGGCACCGACCACCCAGUCAAUUUUUAUGGAGCUGCAAUUCAAGAACCCCGGGACCCUACCAGGCUUUACUGAGAAAGUGAAAGAAGUAAAAGUGUUGUUGGAGUGUGCUGAAGCCGACGAGUUCAGUCUGUCGGGCGUCGUGCGGGUUUUGAACAUGGCUUUCGAGAAAAGUGUCUAUUUGAGGUUCUCAAUCAACAACUGGAUAACCUUCAUGGACAGUCUGGCAUCAUAUGUCCCAGAAUCAAGCAACGGCGUGACAGACAAAUUCUCCUUUAAGAUAAUCACCCCAACAACGUUUCUGGAGAGCGGAGGCACAUUCCAGUUUGCCAUAAGAUACUGCGUUGGUGGAGAUGAGUAUUGGGACAAUAAUAACGGGGUCAACUACAAAGUGCGACGCCACAGGUUUAAGAUUUCUCCACCCCGUGAGUGGGAGGAUGGCUGGAUUCACUUCAUCUAACCUGCAUGCGCCCUUGGCGUUCUCACCGGUGCACUGUGUGUGUAAAGCACGCAAUCUCUCAACGGGCACUGCUUCACCAUAAGGAAGAAUAGGGCUACCAUCGACUUUAGCCUCUACACAUUGUGUUAAUGAUCCAACCGCCGUGUCCAGCUGUAAACUCAGUCAUUUUUUACUUCCCCCCCACCACGGUCACAAUGGUUUUGUUUCAUGUCAUCAUGUUUGACAGAUUUGACUGGAUUGAAAGACAAGCCCUUCAUUAUGUGUCCGGCGCGGGAGGUACAUCUGCUGUAUGAUAAUUAGCCUUGGUGUUGGGAGCUUUGUAGUCCUGUGCCCUUUGGUGUGGCACAACUAUACUCUUAUGUAAUGACACGUGCCAUUGAAAACGUGCCAGGAAUAUACCCCAUUUAAACAUCACUAUCCCUCUCUAAAACGCAGCGAUGCUCGAUUCCAUCCCCUCCUUUGACUAUUUUAUUAAACAUCUUGUGCGAUGUCUUAACUGUCAACGACUGCUUAUAAAAAACGGAGGAAAAUGGUUAUGAAAAAUUCUAAGACAGCUUCCCGCACGUCUUAUCUUUGUUUAUUUCCGAUAGCAUGGGACUGUGCUCACGUGCAUCCCCCUGUGUACCCUUCAUGCCGGAUUUCAAUCCGAUUCUCUCUCAUCUGAAAACCAGCGGAUGGGGCAGGCCGAGGCCCAGUCACAACAAUAUUCGUACUGGACCAACAAAGGAAAUAUCAAAUUGUAAUUUAUCUUACCAAUUCCUCAUCUUUUCAUCUUCUUGGAAAUGCCUUAUAAUACCCCUUAUAACUAACUGGGAACGCUGCUGUGCUUUUAUCCUGAUCAAUAUUGGGUGUAUUCAGUUUUAUAACUAUUUGAACAUGAAUAUUUAAAUGUUGUGGAAAUUAUUAAACCCUCUCUAUAACACUGCUCAACGAGAUGAUGUUAGAAAAAGGAAAUCAUCCCACGAGCCUUGUUCGCUGGUUAUAAAUGCACCAUCAUUUUUUCUCCAGAGGAUGAUAACCAAUAGCAGGAGAGUAGACUGUGGGUCAGAGUGGAGCCCUACAGUCUAGCAGUAGGCUAGCCUAUUAGGAUGCUUUGGUAUAACCCCCAAACAUUUAACAUAAUAACAUGUGGAUCUUUACCACUCUCAAAUGCCAAAUAAUGCAUAUGCUAUACGCAUUAUUUUAAACUAGAGGACAUGUAUAUUUGACAAAAAAAACUAUUGUACAGAACAUUUUGUUCAGGAUCUUAUACUAGAUUUUUCUCUGCAGUGCAGUCUGCAUGUGUCUAAUUGAUUUCCAGCACCACUAAUCACAGAUCUGCCUAAACUUAAUGGCAUUACAGGUGAUAUUUUACAACGUUCCUGUUGUGACACUCUUGAUCUCAACCAGUCACAAUAAUUCACCAGGUGUCUUGUAAACAAUAGUUGAGGAUAGCUCUAACCCUAAGGUCCACUGCAGAGUCAGUCACCACUGCCUCACCCAUACAGUAUCCACAUGGAUAUUACUCCAUUUUAUAAGUGUUAUUACACAAUGAUAAAUGACAGAGACAGAUACUGUUGUACUUUUGUUUCUGUUCCUUGUUGGACCUGAAAUGCAACUGUUGCUGUGGAAAAUGAUACAUUUACCUCAGAUCGUUUCUGUGGUGUGUGGACCUGACGAUCUUCCAAAAAAAUCCAGGUUUUUCUCCUUUUAUUCAGGUUGAACAAAACAAAACAUUAUUUUUUUAUGAAAUACAGUAGAACCAAAAUAGUCAAACUCAUGCCAUUUUUUUUUAAACACACCCAGUCCAGUAAAACAGUAGCAUUUCAUUGUCAGUAUUUUGUAAAUAACUUCCACUGUGCAAUGUUGUAUUUUACAGUAGAACUGUGGUGAUGACAGCAUCUGAACUACUUUUACUGAUUUCAAAGUCGUAAUGUUAGACUUGGCUGAUGAUAUAGAAAAGAGCAGUGUUUGGUAGGAGUACAUAUCAUACAGUUGAUGCUAUUGCACUGGUGCUUCAUGCUGAACUCAUUUGUUGGCACAUUGUCAUCUCAUAAUGCAUGUGUUAAACUCCUUCCACUGAGGGCAGAGUGUCGGCUGGUUUUUGCUCCACCCUUGUACUUGAUUGAUUAAUUAAGGUCAAUAACUAAUAAGGAACUUCUCUCACCUGGUUGUCUUUGACACCCCUGACAUGAGGUGAGAGACCUCAUUAUGGAUGGAUGGCAAACUAAAACUUAGGUUAUGUAACUCAACAGCCCACAUUACACAAAUGGUUUGUCUAUUUGUGUACAGGAUGUACAGCAUGUUUACAUUCGAGUUUGUGUUUAUUUGGGUUAUAAUUUAUGGGAGUUUUCUAUGACAUGAAUGCUUGGAAUGAAUCAAUAUUUAGAUUUUAUUAGGACACCUCUGAGAGAUCAGCAACUUGGAGAUGUAUCUGUUUAGAAAAUGGAAUGCAUCUCUGAGACUAACAGAUGUAGUUAUUUAAUGUAGUUAGUUACUGUCUGGCUAUGGUGGUCAGUAAGAAAAGCCUGUGUUUACAUGAACCAGGACUUGGAGGGAGCUUGGCCAGACUAUUCAACCCUUGAGAUUGAAAAUGGAAAAUAGACUGACCACUGAGCAUGUCCAAAUGACUCAUACAAUUUAGCAGAGUGGUUUGGUUUCCAGAGUCCAGAGGUUGGCUCUUUCUAAUAUCUCCAUGAGAAAUCCGUAGAGCCUGGUUGGACCAAAAUAACCAAAUUUAUAGUCUCACGUCCACCAUGACAUUAACCGACCCCUAGGGCUGCACGAUAUUGGCAAAAACAUCUAACAGCGAUUUUUAUUUUGAACAAAUAUGGCUAUUGCGAUUUGAAGUGUGAUGAAGAUCAAAAUAUUUGGGUGAACUGUUGGAAUUAUAGAAAUAUAUUGAAUUAUAUUAAGAAGCAAGUGGAAAGCAGCAUCGUUCUUGUUUUGGAACAAUUUGUUGACUGCGUUGACCAAACGGAACAACAUGCAAAUGUAUAGUCAAUCAUCUAACAGCGAGGGGGAGGAACUGCGCUGCUUGAGUGACAGGGGGCGAGGCUUAGUGUGUGUGCGACGCAGCCGCAAGAGGAGAAAAAAACGUUAACUCUAAAACCUGAAGUCACUCAAGGCUGAGAUGCGUUUCAAAAAUAUUGUAUAUGAUAUGGUUCUUUUAUAAUAUGGAUAUUGCACAUGUCAAUAUGUGAUUUCGACAUGAAUUCGAUUAAUUGUGCAGCCCAGUCUUGAGUUGAGACAUGACCAUUGGUUGACAGCUGGUUGGCCUCACUGUGUUCAGGAACAUGCUGGUCUGUGCAGUCAGUGAGUUCCACACACGGCAGCUGUAUCUCCACAAAGACUACUGUGGUUAACAAGAUGUCACGCCUUGUCAGAGAUUGUUUUAUGUUCUUAAGUCUGAUGAAAUAUAAUGGUUAUUUUUCCUCAUGUAGCUUUUGCUUAUGAUUUCUGUUAACUGCAAAUAUUCUCUCAAUAAGUGUACAUGUAGUACAGUAUGAUUUCACUCAUGAAUUGUUUCAAUCAUUUAAUCAUUUCAAACAUUUACAUUUGUGAAUAUGUCAUGGAGGUAAAGAUGUUUUAUAGGGGAAGGAUGAUAGGCUUCCAGAAACAGACAGUAUGGGGUUUGUCAACACAAUGUAACCACAUUUUAUGAUCACUAGCUGAUGUUUAUCUGUUUUUAUGUGUCGCAUAUUGAAUGUCUUUCUGCUACCAUAUUAUGGAGUGUAAUAGCAUUUCAAAAACAGGAUUGCAAGCGGUGGAUGCAUACCCAACUCAGAACUACAAAGUCACUCCAAAUAUACAUGUACAAACGGUGGAUGCAUACCCAACUCAGAACUACAAAGUCACUCCAAAUAUACAUGUACAAGCGGUGGAUGCAUACCCAACUCAGAACUACAAAGUCACUCCAAAUAUACAUGUACAAACGGUGGAUGCAUACCCAACUCAGAACUACAAAGUCACUCCAAAUAUACAUGUACAAACGGUGGAUGCAUACCCAACUCAGAACUACAAAGUCACUCCAAAUAUACAUGUACAAACGGUGGAUGCAUACCCAACUCAGAACUACAAAGUCACUCCAAAUAUACAUGUACAAGCGGUGGAUGCAUACCCAACUCAGAACUACAAAGUCACUCCAAAUAUACAUGUACAAUAGCAAUCCAAUCUAAAAACGAUCUGAACAAAAUAGAAUUUCAGGAAAUGUCCUUUAAAACUCCGAUACGCCACUGAACCUUAUGCCAAAAUGCGGGUGUGGUCCCAGGAAUGAUAGGGUUAUUGUAUAAGGUGUGACUAAAGAUGGUUCCAUUGCCUUAUGUUUAGAGUUCAUACUGAAAGGAACACAUAAGAGGUCUAAGCUGUGAAGGGAUGUUAUGGUAGGUUGAUCAACAUGUGCUAAUAGGUCGAGCAGUCAAAUCAUACUGGACAGUAUGUACUGGGGCUAAGCUGAGGGGGUCUUUAGGCUAAAGAGUUGCAUGCAUGCCACUAAAGACAACAUACACUUUUGAGUAUCUGAAACGUCUGAAAGGAGUGACUAAUGAUUGUAAUAUUGAGCUACUCAAAGUUCAUAGUGCACUUUGAGUAGGAAAGUAGAAAAGCUAGGAAAAGAGGCAUGAUUUGGUUUGGUAUGCCUCUUCCGACUUUACACGUAUUCCUGUGAAAUGCUACUAACCAAGAUGUUCUCCAUGUUUCAUACACAGCUUUCUCUCUCACUGUGAAAUGUUAUACAUCUGAAAUAGUUCAAAUCAAGUUCACUUUACUCAUAUGUGGAGUGGAGGAAGUGAAUUUCCCUUGGUUUGACCUAUAAGGUUAUCAGUAUUCGUCUUUUGAACCUAUGCAAACCUUAGUACUGCAAUCCAUCAUCUGUCUGUGUUGAUGUGUCUUGGUGUCUGGCGUGUUGUUUGGCGCUAAUGUUUAUCACUGUAGUCUGUCUGUUUGCAUGCACGGCAGAAGUACCCUUGUUAUUUUUAUGGUGAGUUUGUAAUGUAGCCUAUAUUUUAUUAAAACAACGGCAAUAAAGGCCUUUGUGAUGGGAAA